CGCUUUAUAGCUCGGCUCCAAAAAUGGAUUCAUGCGCGUGUUGGCCGAUCAGGUCACGUGAGAAUCCCUCCCCAAAACUGGCAGGUCACCACUGAGCAUGCGUCGAUCUGUGGCAGGUUCCACGAGUUUAUUUUUUUUUUCUGAGGGGAAAAGGGCUACGGCGGUCGAAGCUCGCGGCGAACACAACCAUGGUUUUCCUCUCGAACCCUCGGAGUCCGCGCGAGAGUGGACACGUCUCCGGUGCACCGGGGUCCGGAAUUUAACGGACUCACACGUGAAAUGUCGCUGCGUCGGUUCGUCGGUAUUUCCAAGAAGUGACGGACAGAUUGAGCCAGGCUAGUCUAAGCUAACGUUAGCCAGCUCGUAGCCAAGCAACGUAGGAUAGCGGCCGUUAGCCGUUAAACCGCCGGCUGACUGCUUCUGGUGGAGACGCGUUCAGGUGAUAUCGGACACACGGAUUGGCAUAUUUCACACUACGGUUGAUGUUUCAUUGCGCGGACGAGGACUUUGCCUUAGCUACACGUCAGCGCGUGUGUGUGUGUGCGGGUCCCUUAAGAUAGUCCCCCGUCAAAGACUCCUGUUAAAGUCCGGUUUAUAUUAAAAACAAGUCCGUUAAAACGGUGCGGAGAUGCGGCGCUGAUACGUUAGCUAGCCGUUAGCUCCGGAGCUCACGUCGCACUUCGCCCAGUCGGGUUUUUUGGAGGGGGGGGUGGGGGUGGCUGACAUGGCAGCCAGCGGGUACUCUGACCUGAGGGAUAAGCUCAAAUCCAUGACUCCGCAUCGAGACGAGGUGAAGAACAAAUACGUGGACGCGGAGAGCAACGGGAAGGGAAGCGGGAAACGCAAGUUCCGGGAGUCCGACGAUGACGAGCAGCACGGGCACAGCGACGACAGCGCGGACAGCCGGGAGCAGGAGGCCGGCCGGGUGAAGGGCAGCAUCCUGCAGGAGAACAUCUUCACGCCGGAGGAGUGCGCCCUCAUCGAGGAGAAGAUCGACGACGUGGUGGCCAAGGGGGAGGCGGGACUUUACCGCGAGCACACGGUCGACAGGGCGCCUCUCCGCAACAAGUACUUCUUCGGCGAGGGCUACACGUACGGGUCCCAGCUGGAGAAGCGGGGACCGGGCCAGGAGAGGCUGUACCCCAAAGGAGAGGUGGACGAAAUCCCGAGCUGGGUGCACGAGUUGGUGAUCAAGCGCCUGGUGGCCAGCGGAGUGGUCCCGGAAGGGUUCGUGAACAGCGCGGUCAUCAACGACUACCAGCCGGGCGGCUGCAUCGUGUCGCACGUGGAUCCGCUGCACAUCUUCGCGCGGCCCAUCGUGUCCGUGUCCUUAUUCAGCGACAGCGCGCUCUGCUUCGGCUGCCGCUUCCAGUUCAAACCGAUCCGGGUGUCGGAGCCGGUGUUCACCCUGCCCGUGAGGAGAGGCAGCGUCACGGUGCUCAGUGGCUACGCCGCCGAUGACAUCACCCACUGCAUCCGCCCACAAGACAUCAAGGCACGUCGUGCAGUCAUCAUACUGAGAAAGACCCGACCAGAUGCUCCUCGACUGGACUCUGAAAUCUCUUUUCCCGUCGAGAGACCGGCUCCUCUGAAAGCCAAACGCUCUCAUCAUCAUCGCAGAGCCGAUCCUGACGCUGCUCGCAGGCCGCGGGUGCUGGAGAUGGACAAAGAGGAGAACAGACACCCGUCAAACUCCUCCCACAACCGCCGGGACAGCAUCAGCUCCGAGAGCUACUGGCGACGCGACCAAGAGUCCGAGAAACACCGGGAGAGCUCAGGGCGCAAAGUCAAGAUGAGACGCCAAUGAGCGCCGCUCUCGCUCUCUCGCUCUCUCUCUCUCGCUCUCUCUCUCUCUCACACACACACACACAUGUAUACAUAUAAAUAUAUCUUUUAUGUAUUUCAAUAUUGUCAUAUUCUUUUGAUCACUUGUCAUUUUUCUCGCUCCUGUUUUUAGUCCCAAGGAGCCACAGUCAUCAUGUUGAUUUGAGUUUGAGGUGCGUUAUUUGUUCCUGGCAGGCGAAGUCUCCCAAAGUCCAGAACCUCAAGUUAUUAACCCCAGUUCGGCUUUCGUUGUUGAUUCACCUUUAAUUGAACAUUUCUUGUUUCUACGUCCAUAGACACUUCAGAAAAUGGCAUGUAUUUUUUGUAACCAAGAUGUACAGAACACGAGAGCUAAAAAAAAAAAAAAAGAUGUAUGUAUGGAUUUGUACAAAAGAAAACCUGGGCUGUAUUCUAACUUGUUAUAAUGUACAAUACUUUUGUAUAGUCUUUUGAUUGGGGCAACUUUUAUGUGGAAAGAAAGGUUUGCUUUUAUUGCACCCACAUUUCUGAUCCUUAUCUUUUCGUUGCCAUCCCAGAUCUCGGUUCACUUUGGCCUCCCUGGCGCAGUUUUAAGUUAAAGCAACUGGCAGACGUGCAGAAAUGCUUCCUGCGUUCUGAUUUGAUCCUGCUGUACGACUCAUCUUUGUGGAGGUAACGACACGGCGCAGCCACCAGACGGAUGUUUUAUGGAGUGCUGAGAACCUCGGGCCUUGUUUUACACUCCGGUUUCGGUUGGAAGUCGCUUACCUUGUAAAGUGACGGAGGAUGUUAUUGCUGUUCUGUAUUAAAUCAAAUUUUUUCCUCAUU